CUGUUGUUGCUGAUUACAUUGGCUUUGAACGUCACUUUGCACUUGCCUCAUUGACGAUAUCUCUCAUUCUGGUCCAUCCUCAGGGCAAGUCCUGACCAAAAUUCAAAAUACUAACUUAUUGGCAAUGCAUUGAUCGUUGGUCUCGACUCUCCUGCCAGCGACCCAAUUCCUCACUGCUCCUCCUUCCUUAGUUCUCCGGUCGAUCAUCAAAAACCACACAUGGAGGUCCUUUCUUCCCGAUCAGCCAAUCUUCCAAUGGCGCCUCCGCCAAAACCGCUCAAACGUACAAAGCCUGAGCCAACGCAGAAGCCUGCCGACAAACCUUCGAACCCCGAUCGCAUCGAUGACAAAUGGCGCCCACCUGUCUCCGUGACCGAGCCAGGUCCGUCUGCAGAGACAUAUGUCACCGGCAAAAAGCUGGGUAAAGGCGGCUUUGCGGUCUGCUUUGAGGGUCGAUCCAAAAGCACAUCCCAAGUCUUCGCAUUGAAGGUCGUCAAAGCAAAAGUCGAGCAGAAGAAAAUGAUGGAGAAGUUCCGAACAGAACUACAAAUUCAUGCUAAGAUGCAUCAUCCCAACAUUGUGGAGUUUUUGCGGGCCUUCACAGUCGGCGACCAUACAUAUGUCGUGCUUGAAAUGUGCCCAAACGGGAGUUUGACCGAGAUGAUCAAGGCUCGAUCAUGUCUCAGCUUACCAGAGGUUCGAAGGUAUAUGAUUCAGAUUUGUGGAGGUGUCAAAUACAUGCACAAGCGCUCCGUGAUCCAUAGGGACCUCAAGAUGGGCAACAUUUUCAUCGACUCGAGAAUGAACUUGAAGAUUGGUGACUUCGGCCUGGCUGCCGUCAUGGCGGAUGAACAAGACCGACGGACGACCUUGUGUGGAACCCCAAACUACAUUGCACCGGAGAUCUUGAGCAAGACCGGUAGUCGUGGCCAUGACAACAAAGUUGAUACUUGGGCGGUCGGUGUCAUCUGCUAUGCUCUCCUCAUUGGCACCCCACCAUUCCAGUCCAAAACCCAGCAAGAGAUUUAUACGAAACUCAAGACAUUGGAGUAUGAAUGGAAAGUCGACUCACGAAAUUAUAUUCCUCAACGAGCAAAAGAUUUUGUGGCAUCUUGCCUCAAUCUCAACUCGGCUGAACGACCGGAUAUGGACCAACUCGUUGAGCACGAAUUCUUCACCAUGGGCGCCAUUGCAGACCAACUCGAACUUUCGUGCCUGAAAUCACCUCCAUCCUGGCUCGAGAAUGCCGACCCCCGUGGUGAUCGUGUAAAGACCGGCUACGGCAUCAGUCAUGGUCGAAUCUGCCGCGAGUGUGGUGUCGGUACGGGAGCUGAUGGUCGACUUCGCCCAUCGGUCGGAGUUGGAGCCGGAAUUUCUGCCCUGAUUGAAGUCGAGGCAGAGAACCGUGAGGGCUGUGCUCCAGUCAUUCCUCUUCCAGCAGGAAUUCUAUAUCGACAGUUCUCCCAGGCACAAGCAGAGUUUGCAGCCCGGCAGAAACAUCCAUUGCUCCCGACUCGCGUUCGAGGGAAAAAGGUGGGCCAGACCACUGCUGAUGUUGCCGCUGAGACAACAAAGGGCGAGCAGCCAGCAACUUCGACCAUCAAAGCGCCCAUUUCCGGAGCUGCGGCCACGUCAAGGCCGUUCCAGAGCUUUGCUGCUCAACAAAGACAACAGGCAUUACCAAGCGCACCACUCCGAAGGACCGAGAAGGCUGUCGACGAUCAGGCUCAUAUGAAGCAAAUCUCGCCGGUCUUACCUGAAGUUCCGCUUCAGCCAUUGUUGAAGGAACGACCACUUCGAGCAGCAACGAUACGAACAACCAGAAGCAUGGCCACACAUGAGCCAGGCAAGCCAAUCUCGAGGACACUGCCAAGAUCUACUACCUUGCCGAACAGCAUCGAGGCCCUUGCAGACGAAAUCGACGCAGAUGUUAAGAGAGCAGAGAAGACGUUAGACCGAAAGUUCAAUACCAUUUCUAGCGAGGCCCGGCUGAUGGCGACGGAGGCAUACAGCAAGAAGAUGACGCUGCCGACAAACCUUGCCCACAAUGCUAGGUCACAACAUCUUUCAUCCGGGACAUUGCAUUGUGCCGAGAUAUCGAGCCGCGCACUUCAGCCAACGAGCGGCAACGAUCGCACCUAUCCUUUGGAAGGAGAAUUGAGGGGCUCAACGGUUGUCAAGCCAGAGAGUAGGAGGCGAGCUGCCUCCAAACCGUCCUCACAGCCCCAGCCCAGUCGACCGCGGCACCAUCAUAGAAUCAUUGCUCCGUAUGAAGAAUCUCAAGCUGUGCCAGAAACUUCAUGCGCCGAUGUGUUGAGAGGCCUGCAGUCUUUGAGCAACGCCUUGGAUGGGAGAAUGUACGAGGAGCGCUCUCGAAGUGGCAGAUCAACUCAAACCAAGCGGCACGUCAAGACGCCAAUUAGUUAUCCCCGUGUGGACAAAUGGGUCGACUAUGCCACACGGCACGGAAUUGCGUAUAUUUUGAGUGAUGGCAGUGUAGGUAUGAUCUUGAAAUCGUCUGAAGACAACACGCGACCGAGCAGUUGUGUGGUCGUCCGGAAUGGCAGCCAGCACACGAUCCGAAGAGCGCGCGGACUUGACUACCAAUUUGUUCCACAAGGCCCUGAAGCGCACGAAAUUGAGUUUUAUGAGCAGACAGACUAUGAGCAGGCAAUGAAGCGACUUGACGUGCCCGCAAGUGUGUUCAAGCUGGACCUGGACAAUCAUCCCAGCCAGGUGGCAGCGGCCAACGCUCUCCAGGCAGGCUUGAGUGGGAGUGAGUCAGAGCGAAUGAAGGAAGUGGCUCUCCUAGACAAGUUUGGGAAAUACAUGAACAAACAAACAGGCGCCUGCGAUACCGUGCAUGGAGAAAGUCGCAAAAGUACCUCGUUGGUGCAUUUCUACCAGCGAGUGGGCAACGUUGGCGUCUGGAGAUUUGCCGACGGGGGCCUGCAGUUCAACUUUCCCGACCAUACCAAAGUCACCGUGUACCAUCACCAGGCGGUCGGAGAAGUGGAAGGCCGAUACAUGGUGGACUUUGUUUAUUUACUCUCAACUGACGCCAUCAACCUGGCGAAUGACGGCAUGUCUAGUGCGGAAGCAUUGGAGCGACGAAGUACAUGCAGCUUAGCGCUUGAAGACAUCCUUGGAGACUGUCUGCGAAGAACCGAGACGGAGAUUGUGAGGACCAACGAAGUCAAGGAGAAGCUAUCGUGGAUACGGGCAGUGGUGGGAUGCUGGAUACGGGAAGGGGGUUUGGGGAUGAUGGGUGAGGAGAAACUAGGGUGGUCUGGAUUGCAAGAACGGCGAGACGAUAAAAGGAUCAAGUUGCAGUGGGUGACGGUUGGAAGAUAUGGAGGAGAUGGAGAGGGAGCAGGAAGAAGUGGUAGAGGAUGAGGAGACCAGUCGGUAUCAUUUCGCUUGAACUUGAAGCGUUGGCGUUGAUGGGGUUUGAAAGCAGAGAGUGCAUUUCUUGAGGAUGAUGUUUCGGUUAGGAGUUUGCAGCAUGGCGAUAUUGGGUCUGUCAGCAUUCCUGGAGACUAGGUAUGAUGUUAGCACAAAGUUUGAUUGAGAUGACACGUUGACACGUGGGAUGAAUGGACAGAAAUUGCAUCAUUAUGGCUUG